UCGUAAUGUGUCGUAAAACGUAGUGCAAGCUAAACUGCGCAGUUCCGCCAAAGACGAAGAAAGAUGAAGAUUUGUAGCUGUUCAGUCGCUUUGUACUGUUUCUUUUGACUAAAAAUAGCCUUUUAGGUCGGGGAAGCAGCUUCGACUCGUAGAUAUGUGCGCGUGUUUGUUAGCCGUGAGGCUAAUGUAGCAUAGUAAAGCUUGACUUAGCCGUUAGCUCGGUAGCUGUGGAUAAACAGCGACAGCAUGGGGGAUUCGUCGCCUCUGUCUGGGGUUAAUGUGGUCUUGGUUAUGGCCUAUGGGAGCCUGGUGUUCGUGCUUCUGUUUAUCUUCGUCAAGAGGCAGAUCAUGCGUUUCGCGAUGAGGUCCCGCCGCGGACCUCACGCGCCUAUCGGCCACAACGCACCCAAGGGUUUGAGGGAGGAGAUCGACUCCAGGCUGUCCAAAGUGCAGGAGAUCCGCUUCGAGCCUCGCCUCCUGUCAGAAGAGGACGACCGGCUGAGGAGGGGCUCUCACAUCAGUUGCUACAACUACCUGUACAGAAUGAAAGCUCUGGAUGCCAUCCGUGACUCAGGAAUCCCUCUGCAGGAGAUAAGUCGCAGUCCCAGUGCCUUUACCGGACGCAACUUUAGAAGCUGGCUGUUGGAGCUGCGCAACUCCCACUCUCUGAUCAAGAGCAGCCGCAGCGCUCUGAUCGACCGCCUGCUGGAAGGCUACGACAGCGCUCGCCACGGCACCGGGGUGUUUGGAGAAGCGGAGUUCCUUGAAUAUCAACAAGCUCUCAAUGAAUUGGCUGACGUUGUGAAGGCCUACUCCAGCAGCACCAGCCUGGACCAGCACCACCAGUCCGCCGCCAAGGACCUGACGGGCUCCCCCGUCCGCAGCACCCCCUCCACCAUCCAGGUCACCUACCUGCCCUCCACCGGCCAGCGCAGCAAGAGACCCAAACACUUUCUGGAGCUCAAGAGCUUCAAGGACAAUUACAACACACUGGAGAGCACGCUGUGAAGCACGGGCGCGUUAGCAACAACGGUUCCCAACAAACUGUGACUUUGUGUUUGAAUUCAGCUUCACACCAACAAAUACCGUGCUGGGACACUAAAAACACUGAAUUCAGGUUGGAUAUUUAUGUUCAAUAUUUGAGAUGUGAAGAAAAGAUUCAUAACGGUGAGACAGAUGUAAAUAUAGUUCUGCUACAUCAAGGUUUUUUCUGUUCUUUGGACCUAAUAAUGUAUUUUCAGAAAACAUAUAAUUGUCUAAAAAAAAAUGUUAAUGGGAGAUCACCUGGUUUUAUGUUUUCCUUUCAACAAAUUCAUUGUAAAUACACACAAUCUGUUUGCUUAUCUGUACAGAUGUAACAUAUUUAUAUGGACAGUGAUAAUUUAUUUGAUACUGUUUGAUUUGUUUUCAUGUGAAAGUUGGAUUCUUUGUGAUUUCAGAUAAAAAAAAGUCUC